GUGGUGAAGACAGUGGGUCUCCGGGAGGUGUGGUUCUUUGGCAUGCAGUACACAGACAGUAAAGGCUACAGCACGUGGCUCAAACUCAACAAGAAGGUGACCCAGCAGGAUGUUAAGAAGGAGAACCCUCUACAGUUUAAGUUCAGAGCCAAGUUCUUCCCUGAGGACGUGUCUGAGGAACUCAUCCAGGAGAUCACACAGAGACUCUUCUUCCUGCAGGUAACACACACACACACACACACUUAUACUGAACAAAAAUAUAAACACAACAUGUUAAGUUUUGUUCCCAUGUUUCAUAAGUGAGCAUUUCUCCUUUGCCAAGAUAACCCAUCUACCUGACAGGUGUGGCAUAUCAAGAAGCUGAUUAAACAGCAUGAUAAUUUCACAGGUGCAUCUUGUGCUAGGACAAUAAAAGGCCACUCUAAAAUGUGCAGAUUUGUCACACAACACAAUGCCACAGAUGUCUCAAGUUUUGAGGGAGCAUGCAAUUGGCAUGCUGACUGCAGGAUUGUCCACCUGAGCUGUUGCCAGAUAAUUUAAUGUUCAUUUCUCCACAAUAAGCCGCCUCCAACUUCAUUUGAGAGAAUUUGGUAGUACGUCCAACCGACCACGUGUAACCACGCCAGCCCAGGACCUCCACAUCUGGAGUCUUCACCUGCGGGAUCCUCUGAGACCAGCCACCCGAGCAGCUGUGGGUUUGCACAACCGCAAGAUUUCUGCACAAACUGUCAGAAACCGUCUCAGCGAAGCUCAUUUGCGUGCUCGUCGUCCUCACCAGGGUCUUGACCUUACUGCAGUCCGGCUUCGUAACCGACUUCAGUGGGCUUGUUUGGGAUGCUCUAGAUCGACCUGUACGACAGUGAGUCCCAGAUCCCGCCAAUAUCCAGCAACUUCGCACAGCCAUUAAAGAGGACUGGGACAACAUUCCACAGGCCACAAUCAGCAGCCUGAUCAACUUUAUGCGAAGAAGAUGUGUCACGCUGCAUGAUGCAAUGGUGGUCACACCAGAUACUGACUGGUUUUCUGACCCACGCCCCUACCUUUAGGUAUCUGUGACCAACAGAUGUAUUCCCAGUCAUGUGAAAUCCAUAGAUUAUGGCCUAAUUAAUUUAUUUCAAUUGACUGAUUUCCUUAAAUGAACUGUAACUCAGUAAAAUCUUUGAAAUUGUUGCAUGUUACAUUUAUAUUUUUGUUCAGUGUUUAUUGGUGUCCUUUGUACUCACAAUGUACAUUGCAGAUCCAAAAAGGUAUUUAAACAAGUAUGUGUGUGUGUGUGUUCCCUGCCCAUGCAAGGUAAAGGAGGCCAUCCUGAACGAUGAGAACUACUGUCCUCCAGAGACAGCCGUGCUGCUGGCCUCCUACUCUGUCCAGGCCAAGUACACAGACUACAGCAGAGACCUCCACAGGCCUGGCUACCUCACCUCCGACCGCCUGCUGCCACAGAGGUCUGUACCCCACGCACACCCUGUCCCCUCUCUGUCCCCUCUCUGUCCCCUCUCUGUUCCCUCUCUGUCCCCUCUCUGUUCCCCUCUCUGUCCCCUCUCUGUCCCCUCUCUGUCCCCUCUCUGUCCCCUCUCUGUUCCCCUCUCUGUCCCCUCUCUGUCCCCUCUCUGUUCCCUCUCUGUCCCCUCUCUGUCCCCUCUCUGUUCCCUCUCUGUCCCCUCUCUGUCCCCUCUCUGUUCCCCUCUCUGUCCCCUCUCUGUCCCCUCUCUGUUCCCCUCUCUGUCCCCUCUCUGUCCCCUCUCUGUCCCCUCUCUGUUCCCCUCUAAACCUCUCUGUACAGCAGAGACCUCCACAUCUCCCCCCACACUUCCUCUGCCCCUCUCUGUCCCACUCAAAGAAUACCAGGGGAAGAGUCUUGCUGUCAUAGUAACCUUCUUGUCAUAGUAACCUUGCUGUCAUAGUAACACAGAGGAGUCUCUAUUGAAAUUGUCCCUACUAUGGUUGAGGAGGCUGGAAUGUCCUUCUACUUAAUUAAUUCUCUCCAUACUCCCCCUUUAGAGUGUGUGCUGGAGGGAGGGAGGGAGUGUGUGCUUUGUAAAGGAGUUGUUCUUUAGUAGAGUGACUUGACCCUCCCUCACUAUAAAUCUGUUCUGUCUUUUGAUGCCAGGCCUCUAGUGUGGCUCUGUUUGAAUAACCCGUUGUGUGUGUUUGUGUGUCCUGCAGAGUCUUGGAGCAGCACAAGUUGACUAAGGAGCAGUGGGAGGACAGAAUACAGACCUGGCACGAGGAACACAGAGGCAUGCUCAGGUAGGGCUUUGUAUGAUAUAAUAAUAAUGUAAAUGUAUGAGGGUGUCUAUAUGUGAGUGUGUUUGUAUGAGGGUGUUAGUGUCAUACUUGCUCCUGUACACAAGUUCUAAAUGUUUCUAACGUGUGUUUGUGUACACAGAGAGGACUCAAUUAUGGAAUAUCUGAAGAUAGCCCAGGACCUAGAGAUGUAUGGAGUCAACUACUUUGAGAUCAAGAACAAAAAGGGAACUGAGUUGUGGCUGGGUGUGGAUGCACUGGGACUCAAUAUCUACGAACACGAGGACAAGUACGCAAUACUGACAUAUACAGUUUUUGAGUUAUUUUAGAGUGGAAUGUGGAAUAUGCAUUUCAUCCACUAAGGUGGAAUGUAAGAGAACCUUUGUGGCUACAUGAGCAUGGCCUUGUCAGAUAUACUCCAUGACACUAUCGCCCUCUUCUGGCCAUGGAUGGUACCUCUAGUUUCAUUUCGUACUACACUGAUAUAGGUGGGUAGUUCCUUCACAUGGCAUAGUACUGUACUAGCAUAGUGUUGAGACAGUCAGUGUUUUUCCUUCCCUCUUCCACAGGUUGACACCAAAGAUUGGCUUCCCCUGGAGCGAGAUCAGGAACAUCUCCUUCAGCGACAAGAAGUUUGUCAUCAAACCCAUUGACAAGAAAGCCCCA